GUCUUCUAUGCUUCACAAUAAACUUAUGUUAAUGACUUUUGAGAAAUCAGAAUGGACCGAUCGGAAAUUACUGCACCGCCAUCUGGUCUAGACCGCGACCGUCCUAUGAGGGUUCCAAGAGCUUGCCAACGAUGUCGGCAGCAGAAGCUCAAGUGCGAUGUUGAACGGCCCUGUACUCUUUGUGUACGAGCUGGGGUUACUUGUGUCGCAUCCAACCAGCCGGUUCUGUGGAAGGUGUAUGGAACCAACAAGCCAUCCAAAAAACCUCGCAGUCGUGAUCGAACUGCGAGCCCCCCACAAACGCGAGCAAAACGCAUGUGCCCAGAUCCCGUUAGGGACGAAGAUAGCCCAAUAUCUCACCUUGUCGCACCAAGUAUCGACAGCACAGGAACCAACGACAUCACAAGCCAGGGUCCAGACACGCCGCAAGAUGUAAAUUCACCCUGGGUGGCAAGCUCUGCCGCAGUACAGCUCAUGGAAGAGGCCUUCCAGCAACACAAUACUGUUAUCCCUGAAGGGCCAGAAACAUCAUCAUUUUCUGCUCGUCGAGUAUCUAUCUCUACCUCGAGGUACAAUCCCACGAUACCUAGCGGAUGCGGUAAUGCAAGAAGCACGAUAGACCUCUCGAGACCUUCUAGCCCAGCGGAGGCGGAACUUUUGUUGCUCUUGCCUUCUUUUGAACCAGCAACAGUGAUAAUUGACAACUAUUUUGAGCGCAUUCACUGGUUUAUGAUGGUGUUUCAUCAGUGUGACUUCAGAGAUCAAUUCGAAAUUCUUUACCGGAACCUCGGUCGACCAUCCCUAGGGACACAGUCUUCGAUCGGAUUUCUGGGAGUACUAGCCGCUGUCUGUGUUGUUAGUCUGAGUUACCUCAGUCAUGAUCAGCGUUCACAGCUCGCAGACCACGGUAUUGACCCAGAGAUUCUCCAGAAACAACUUCUAAUGUCGCUGAAAAUGCGGCUACUCGAUAUUGUGUCGCAAGGUUCAAUUGAAGCUGUUCAGGCCUGCGUUCUUCUUGGGAGCUUCUACCUCUACCAUGGCGAGCCAUCCCUUGCUUGGCCAAUUUGCGGCUGCGGCUUGAGAAUUGCGCAGGCCUUGAAUUUACACCGCCGCUGCCCGCAACCGGAAAAUGACCCGCCAGAUCUCGAUGAUCGGACCCGCCGAACAGAAGAAUCUCGUAAACGUUGUUGGUGGGCAGUUUACGAAAUAGAAACAUUCUGCUCCAUGCUUUACGGCUUUCCCCUGAGCAUAAACGACGAUGAUUGCGACAUGGAGCUCUUGAACCCAUAUCCUUUAAGAUCCGGCGACCCCAAGUGGAAGCCUGAUGUGUUGAAGCAAACGGGUCAAGCAACGCUAUUAACUUUCAAGCAUUCAAUGGUUCAGCUCUCUAUUAUCGUAAAAUGCGCACUCGUCGACUUGUACGGUCUCCGUGGUAGUUCCGAAGAUAAGAGAAAAUCCGUUUCCGACAAUCAACGUUUGCAUACCGUGAUCUCGACCGUGUCUAAGUUAUCGAAGAGACUUGAGGCGCUAUGUCAGAUCAUCCCAAAGCGCUUGCGGAUCAAUGAGUCUACAGUAUCAGAUGCUGCUCUACGUGAAGCAGAGAGAGCCAGAGCAGAUCAUCCUAUCGACUACUACAACAGUCCUCAAUUUCUUUUCCCACUUCAAGGGUUGAUAUUGAGCCUUGCUUUCGAAAAUGCGAGAAUUCUCAUCCACCGACCACUUUUGUCAUACAGACUGAUCUCUUCUGCGAAGCAGAUGAACGCCGAUGGACGAUCUCACACUAUCUUGUCGACAGAUUCAUACCGGUCUGCCAUUCAAACCUGUAAAGAUGCCGCGCUUAAGGUCUCGAUCAUUAGCUCCCUGCCCAUUGUCAAGGAUGCUGCCAAUACUUAUGCGGUCUCUUUCGUGUCCAUGCACGUACUCACUGCAGCAGUAACACUAUCCAUUAUUACGAGCCUGGAACCUUUGAGUCGCGAUUCAUAUGAUUGUAAAAUGGGAAUUCGACGCCUAAUGGAAAUGCAAUCCCGCCUCAGGUCUCGUUCAAUCGUUGCAGAACAGGGUCUCAGCAUUCUGAAAAAGUUGAUGUCAUUGGUGUUGGCUAAGGAGCGGGAACAAUUGCUAGAAUUUCCUAGCAACACCGACCCGGAUCAUGACAAAUCCGACACUUUUCCGAAUAGGAGGGGAUGUACCGAAGAUAAUCCCCCACCAGAUGAUAGCAGUGACCCGGUAGCGGCAUUGCGUCAAUCACAGAAUGCGCCUCAUUCUGACCUUGGAAACGUAGAGUCUCCACACACGUCACUUACAUAUACCUCUGAUGGCUUGACUAUGGAUUUAUAUGAAGACUCGACCAUCACUCAGGCGCUUCACGAAUUUGAGCAAGUUAUUAAUCUACCUACCGAGUCCCCUGAGAGUGGCGCGUUUCUUAACAUGGAAUCAGGCCAAUGGAUGGGAAGCUGUUUCAAUAGCCAAGAUCAGAGCUGGAUCUGGGGAUCCAACUAUCAGCUAUGAGAAUUGUGUAAAUAUGACCUCAUAUCCGCAAGACCUUGACCGGUACAAUGUCGAAGCGUAUUUGGUAAAGACAUAACAAUUUACUUCGCCAUUGUUCCAUUUCAUACAUUUCUCACUUCUUCCGCUUACAUAAGUACACUUUGAGGUUGAGACAUUUCAUGUCCUCUUUUGUAAUAUCUCCAUUACAGCUACAAAUAGAAAGAAAGCUGGUGUCGCCAUGUCGAAGUAAAGUUUAUUGGAUCGCGGAAGGGCAGUUUGAGAAAGAACAGGCAUGCGAGGUAUAUCUUCAUGAUAGGUGAAAC